AUGCUUUGUUCACCUCUCCUUGGCAGGUCAAAUAAACGCUUGAUCAUCAUAGCUGUUGUGGUGCUUUUAAUCCUUUUAGCAAUUAUCAUAGCUGUUGUAGUUGUUGUUACCAGAAAAGACAAAACUUCCUCAACUAUGCCAACUGCCAAAACCAUCAAGCUUCCACCAACCGGGCCCCCGGGGUCGGAGGGCCCUUAUAAGCGCGCCGUAGUGUCCUCUGAUGCUGGUCCUUGCUCGGAGAUAGGCCGGAAUAUCUUAAAGAAAAAUGGUUCCGCGAUAGAUUCGGCGGUUGCAGCGCUGUUUUGCAUCGGGGUUUACAACAUGCACUCCGCUGGAGUUGGUGGUGGAGGCUUCAUGACAGUCUAUCGUAAUGAAACAAAUGUUGUGGAGGUGAUCGACUUUCGCGAAGAAGCCCCUGGAAAAGCCAACAGGACCAUGUAUGUGGGAGGGAAGAUGAGCUCUAAAUAUGGUAAGUACUGCCAUGGAUUUUCUUUCCGGAAAGGCUUUUACCUUACCCAGACCUGGCUUUUUGCUUUUAAGGUUUCCUAGGACGAGGGCAGGGCCGGGAAGUGGGGAUAAACUUUACGAAACUUCGCUUCAACCUACUGGCGCGACGCACACUUUCACGCCCAUCAGGGUUCCCCUAAAACAGAGAUCCUGCCCCGGCCACGCAGUUUAGGAAAUACGUCGUGGUGUUUUAACAAACCGCAAUUUGUACGGUAGCAUGGACUGAGAAGCAGACAAAGUCACUGAGGGGAGAGGGCUUGAAUAUUGUCAAUAAUAUAAUUAAGGCGUUUCAACAGUUCCCUGAGGAGUUCAAAUCACGAUUCGUUACAUAGUUACAAGUUACCUGGGGGACAUGAGUUCAAAUCCCACUCACUACCUUAUCACCUUAGGAAGAAAAUUUCCGGGGAGGCCCACACCUAAACCACCAAGAUCACCUCUUCGAUUGGAGCGCUGCCAGCGUGGUGAUGGUGUAGUGGUUAUCACACCCGACUAGCUACCGGGGGAACGUGGGUUCAAAUCAGAAAAAUUGAAAGUUUCUUAGUGAGUAGAAGUGCAACUGAAGAUGUUUCGUACGCGCGUAGCAAACUAAACAUAAAUGACAUGUCCGCGUAAACAGAUUCUAUUGAAAAUAGAUGAAUGAACUUGCCAUAUUGACUCCUUUUCUGCCCCUCUUACAGGAGCAACCGCAGCUGGGGUACCUGGUGAAGUGAAAGGAUUUUACGAAGCUUGGAAAAAGUAUGGCAAACUACACUGGAAGGAUCUGGUCCAGCCUUCCAUCGAUAUGGCAAGAAACGGGUUUCCCUUUGGCUAUUCUGCAGAAUACGCCGCGAAAAGAUCCAGCGUGUUUAAGUACAUCAAGGCUGAUCCUGGACUUAGGUUUGUGAAAAAGCCAGUAUAAGCCAGUCCUAACAUUUUUUAAUCAAUGAGACUCGACCAUAUCGUAAUUGCAUUCGGAGCGUACGUCUCAUUCGUGUACCAUCAUUAAUAUUUUUCUUUCGCAUUUGAAACUGAGUGUGUGAAAUUUCAUAUAUUUCACUUUCAUUUUUAGCUUUUAGAUCCCGCGAGACGACGUCCUUAAUUACCCAUUGCCAAUAAACCUUUCCUUUUCUGCCACAGUAUACAGUAUUUUAGUGCGAGGCAUCAACUUUUCAGUAAACGGCCGGCUGACCAAAUCGAAUUUUUAGAAAGGACAGAAGCUGUUAAUCAAACCUUUAGGCCCCAGCCUUUCAAAAGUUACUAGUUGGAUAUCGUUAUCCACCGGAUAAAUCACUGUCCAUUGGAUAAGCUGGGGAAACAUAUUGCGUUAUUCACUCAAAUAUAGAGUUUUAUCCAGUCAAGAGAACAUAAAAGCCUAUUAUAAGUAUUUUAUGUUUUUUCGAUCCAGUGGAUAGCACACUGUCCACUCUAUCCACCUUUUGAACAAUUCGGGCCACAGGGGCACCCAUAACCCUACGGUGCAGAUCAGGACUGGAUUUUAGUUCUGACAUUGUUGAUCUCUCUCUCUCUCUCUCUCUCUCUCUCUCUCUCUCUCUCUCUCUCUCUCUCUCUCUUUAGAUUCAUCUGUCCGUAUCUGCUACGUUUUCUCCUUUUGAAAAAUUUAAAACGUUUUAUACGUCAAACCUCACUUCUUUGGAGCAAGCCAAUAAGCUAAGCUUUUACAUACCCAAAAUACGUUCUCCCUUUUCUAAUUUAUUUUACUUUUCCAGAAUAUUUUCUAGUUCAAACCAACUUAACGUAGCAAAUACGCAUUUCUUGGUACAUCAACCAAAAAUUUUGUAAAAUUUGCCAAACAAAACGGAUUUGUAAGGUCCUUAGGGUAAUUAAAAUUACUAUUAAACCCCUCCGUGUUUGGAAAUAUUUUCAAUUUUGCUUUAACUUAAAUUAAGCACCAAACGUUGUUCUCAGGUACAUGUUCGACACCAGUUUCAGACUCAAGAUUUUUUUUUUUAGUCAACCCAAAACGUAUUUGCUGUAAAAAUAAUAACCCUUUGUGAUACCUUCUCCAAUUUUUAUGUGGAAAGUAAGCGCUUCACAAAAGAAACUCUUCCGAAACAAUUUUUGAGGGGUCAAAGCACUUUGAAUGCAUUUUUUAUCCAAAACCUAUUCCGUAGCAAAUACUCGUUUUUGCAGCAAAUACGCACUUUGGUUUUCGCUCAGAAAAGAAACAUGUAAUUUAUUUCGAAGUUAAGCCGUGAUAAAAGAAGAUCAACAAUGCAUAAUGAUGCCUACCAACCAGGGAACAGCCAGCCAAAGGUAGCCAUUAAUAUUACCCGCUGUAGAAGCUUAUUUUACACAAAACUGUGUAAAAUGCGGAUCAUAAGGUAGCAAAUACUCGUUUUUGCAGCAAAUACGCACUUUGGUUUUCGCUCAGAAAAGAAACAUGUAAUUUAUUUCGAAGUUAAGUCGUGAUAAAAGAAGAGAAACAAUGCAUAAUGAUGCCUACCAACCAAGGCACAGCCAGCCAAAGGUAGCCAUGAAUAUUAACCACUGUAGAAGCUUAAUUUACACAAAAAAUGUAAAAUGCGGAUCAUCAGGUAGCAAAUACGCAUUUGAGUUUUCGAUAUCUUAUUUAUUUAAAAGUUAUGUCUUGGAGAAAGAAGAAAACCAAUGAAAGAUGAUGUUCACUUUACAAAUAACAACUAUCCAAGGGAAGACAUGGAUAUAACCUGGUAUAUAUCCUUAUUUAUCACCAAUUUGGAAAUAUCACGAGAUGCAGUUUGCGGAAAUUGCGCACUUUUGGCCGGCGUUAUAAAACACCGGCUAAAAGGUUUGAAGAUUGCAUAUUAUAAAGGCUUAUAAGUUUUCUGCCAUGCAGAUAGGAAAUGACAAUUUCGCUUUGAAUGCCUUGAUAAAUCAUGUAUAAUUUUGUCUAUUAAAUUCCUGCCUCGUUAGUACAGAGCAGUCUCGCGCGCGCUUACGCGCUUCACCCAUACUUUAGCUAAUGAUGCCACACAUGAUGCUAAUGAACCUUCCUUUCAUAAAUUCUUACGAUUUUCGACUAAAGGACUUGUAAGGCUCAGUUCUGCCGAAAUAUUAGGCACACUGACAAAAAUGAUGCGCGCGUAUCUUAAAAAGUUUAGUGCAUGAAAAAGGUGCACCUGCAAAACAGGUUGUAGCUGGGGACGCUUGUCAGAGGAAAAAUGUUAUAGCUUUUACGACAGACUGCAAGGAUGAUGUAUUAUCUUAAAGGAAACAGCCACAUGUCGCAAGAAAGGCGAUUAACUUUCGCAGGACGGCGCGCCGGCGCAUAUGUCAAAAGCGGCUCAAACAUGUUGCUAGGAGAAUGUUCCAAUACAGAGCUACGCAGGGCUAUAUAGGGCUCUGUAGAAAUCUGUAGGGUAUUAUACGGCUAUGUAAGACCUAUGUAGGACUUGAAAAGCGCUGCAUAGCCGUGCUUCGCCGUACAUAGCCAUGCAUGGCCGUACAUAGCCAUACAUAAACGAACAUAGCCGUCCAUAGCCCUACAGAGCCGUGCAUAGCCAUGUAUAGUCGUACAUAGCCCUACGUAGUCCUACAUAACCCUACAUAGCCCUACAUAGCCGUGCAUACCCAUACAUAGCCGUACGUAGCCUUCCAUAACCUUACAUAGCCCUACAUAGCCGUACAUUGCCAUAAAUAGCCGUACGUAACCCUACAUAGCCAUGCAUUGCCGUAAAUACCCGUGCAUAGCCGUAAAUGGCCCUAUUUAGCCAUGUAUAGCCGUACAUAGCAGUACAUAGCCCUGCAAUGCCGUGCAUAGCCGUCCUUAGCGGCACGUAGCCGUGCAUAGCCGUAUAUAGCCGUAAAUAGCCGUUUAUAUGCACGGCUAUGAUGGGUUAUGUACGGCUAUGUAGAAUUAUGCACGGCCAUGCACGGCUAUGUACGGCCAUGCACCGCUAUGUAGGGCUAUCCACAUAGCCAUGUACGGGUAUGCAAGGCCAUGCACGGCUAUGUAUAGCUAUGUACGGCGAUGAAGGGCUAUGAACGGCUAUGCACGUCUAUGUCAUGACGUCUAUGUACGGUUAUGCACGGCUAUGUACGGCUACGCACGGCCAUGCACGACUAUGAAAGGCCCGUAUGCAGAGCUAUGCACGGCUAUGUAGGGGUAUGCACGGCUAUGUAGGGUUAUGUACGGCUAUGUGCGGCUAUGUAGGUUGCCCUUUUUCAUUGCUACUUGCGCGUCCAAUUCUUUGAUCAUCUCUCUACCGCGUUUUUUAAGUAAUUAUAGCGCGACCUGCUCGCCUCUCCUUUGCAUUUCGUCUGCGCAGAUGUCGAUAAGCUGCACCUAAGUAGCAGGCCUCCUUCGGGUGUAGGUAAGCCGUUAAAAACUUCAAAAGGAGGGAAGAACCUGGUACUCAUUCAUAAAAUCGAGGCGCAUUCGCCCACUUUUCUCUUUUUCUUCUCAGUUAUUUUCAGAGAAAACAUGUUUAGUUUGGAGGCUAUAACAAUGAGUUCUUUUCGGGCAAGGCAAACCCCUGUAUGGUGCCUUUGUAGCCUAUGGCUGCGCGCUGAAAUUUCACUACUUCAUAUAACAAAUUUUAUUAUGAAUAAACAGAAGUUCACUGGGCCAUUGAUUUGCAUAUAACAUAAUAGUAAUAACUAACUCCUAGGUACUACCAAUCUAAAAUCUGAAGUAGUUUAUAACAUGUAGUCGUAAUUUAAGUGUUUAACGUUUGAGACAAAAAAAGGAACAACAGUGAAAUAAUAGCAAAACUUCGUAUUUCUGAUUGUCAUAAGACAUUAUAUUAGCUACUUAAAAUUUCCUAUUAUUAGUCAAACUGAAUCUAUUUAUUAAAAUAAUAGCUAAAAAUGAGCGCAAUAAUUUUCAACAGUAAACUAUACUAUUAACGGCGGUAUGUAAACACUGUUUUUUAAGUCUAACUUAACGAUUGUUUUACUUGUCUUUUAUCUUCAUUGCUUUUCAUCUUAAGCCUCGUUUUAAAAAGUGCAAAGAAAAACAGCACUCCCGAAUAACUGUGAAAACCGAGCACUAAGCACAAAUACAAGAACAGUUUUUAUCUCCUUUUUGCCUCGUGCUUGCACUUGUUAUUGUGUCGCAAUUAACACGCAUGCUUAUAACGAAUCCACAACCGCACAAAGAUCCACAAUGUGGCAUCCUCGGUUGUGUGGGAAUGUGUUCUUGCCACUUCAUACGUUCAUGCUUUUGUCUACUCUUGUUUUAAGACAAGACUCCACAGUUUGCGCCUACACUUUUGCCGGUGUCUCUAGUAAAACCAGCCUUUACACUGUGUUUAUCCUUGCAUAGUAAACUCCAGUUGAUUUAAAUUAUUUAACCUCAUUAACUUGGACUAAAACUGGCACAAAAUGCUCAUCUUUACCUAGCGAAUUGCAAGGGCUGGUAACAAAAACCUUUUAACAAUCCAGAACUUUUUAAUAAGUCCAAACUUUCGACAUUGGUUUUAGAGUUAGCAUUUGCUGUCAGUGUGAACGCACCUCUAAAUGUUACGGCAUCAUUUUAAUCAAGGAAACAUUGAUGCCACAUUUCUAACUCCCUUAUUUGUGAUUUCAGCGGAAAUCAAAAGUCUUCUCAAAACAACAACUCGAUUCUACAUAGCUUCUUAAAACAAUCAUGGUCAACAUCAAGCCUGGUGGAGGAACUCCCUUCUAAAAGGGACAGGGAUGCUCGUCGUCUUGCUUAGGGGUUUAUAUUGUCGUUGGGUUGUAAAUUUAGGUCUCACUUAGGGUGUUUGGGACGGACUAUAUUUGCCCAUACAGGUAUCGAUUAGGGCUGCGCGUAAAGAAAUUUGCAACAAAAAAAAAAUACCGUGACACUGACCACACAGAAAUCUAACGUUUAAAAAAGAAUAUGAGGAAAUUUCAGUAGAAAAUUUUAAAAUUUCAUUAGCCACUUUUUGACAUUCCAGUAAGCAACUUUCUAGCAUUUCACUGGCACAAUUGGGACAGGCCUAGCUACACCCUCAUUGUUCUCCAUUAGGCGUUUAAUUUUAAUUUCCCGACGAGAAUCCCCUCACGUUUAUAUGUGAGUCCCCCGGGACAUCAAGACCAUUAAGUGAAAAAUAAGUAAAACUUAGUUAACAGCGGAUUGUAAAAUCCUAUAGGGAGAACAUUUAUUCUAGCUUGAACAGUUUAUCGCACGGUUUCCUUUUUUUUUUUCCAGCUUCCUUUUUGAAUUCUUGUCUCACUUUGUCAUUCAACCGCUGCUUAGCUUUGUGGAUUUCCUCUUCGUUUUCUGUGCCGGUUAUGAGGCCAAUCUCCACCGACCUUGGAUCACUCACCACCCUCUGCCAUACGACCUCUCUUUUUAUGUUGUUACACUUCAACAUGUCAUAGGUUAGGAGAUCAGAUGCCCUGUUUGUUCAUCGGUGAACUUCCUCCAAAAACGAGAAUUCUCGGUUGAAGUUGACUCUGCUUGCGAUGUCGAAGCAACUUCUGAUUGGCAUUUUGCCAGGUAAUUCGUAAUCUUGUCUUGAGUUGUUACUUCAUGGCAGGGGGUUCCACAUUCUCCAUGAACGCGUCUCUUAGGCGGCGAAGCUUCAGAAUGACAGCCUUGAAAGAAUGAGUUUGGAACAAGCUUGUUUCUUCCAGCUUUUAUUAAUAUUUUGCUCAUCGAUGAGCCCCGUUUCGAUUUCUUCUUUACAAAGCUUUCUUAGCAUCUCAGUCUCAUCAGCUGUCCAAAGCGCGGGUGUUUUCAUUUCGCCCUUCGUUUCAGGCUCAGAUUUUUCUUUCUUUAGCGAAACGAGGUUCUUUACUGCUCGUCGUCCCAAGUCAGUUUCGUUUAUUUUGUCGUGGAUGCGAUAGUAAUUUGCCUGCGUUUGUACUUUGUGUUGGGCAAGGGCAGCUAGGUGUUCCUUCUGGUCAGGCAGGUGGACGUGCAUCCCAGUGGCAAGGGACUUUCGAAUUGUUGUCGCGCAGACCUUUCCCUUGACUUUAACACCUUCUCUUUCAAAGGUUCUCGCGAUAGCUGUUGAAACCUGAGACGAAGUCAGGGCAAUUCCAUUGCUUGAAACAAAUACGCACUCUACACUAGAAUCUGAUAGAACGAACUGACUCCUCACUGUUCUUAUGUACAUGUCUAUGAGGUGAUACAGGUCUUCAUAAAUCCAAACGACGGCCGGCCCAUACACUUUAGCUGUCUUGUGAUCUUUAACAUGUACCCUGAACCGUGCCGGGUCCUCUUCUGUACCCUGGUAGUGAACAGCCUCAUUAAAUUCGGCAACAGUCAUUUUGGCUGCCACCCCACUUCUGCCACUAUUAUCAAUCAGCAUUCGUGUCAUUAACCAGUCCCUCACUUCACAGUGCGAUUUGUCACUGAUAGUCCUCAUGAUAAUUUCACCACGAUGUGUGUUUUCAGAGGUUGCCGCCAAUUGCUUAACAGCGUUCACGCGCUGAUUUCCAUGGCAAAUCUUGUCAAGGCUUUCACUUGAGAGAAUUUUCCGAUAAUCCUCAUCGUACUUCUCUAGUUUCCUCUUUAAGAUGUUCUUUUUUUGUGCAGAUGACCAUGACGUCAUGAGAUCUGUGCGAGCGUUAAGCAAGUCCAGGGAUACUUCCGGUAUGGACUUUUCCUCUUGGAUUAAGAAUUUGUAAAACUGGCGCAGACUCAUCAAGUAGGACCUAACAGUUCCUGGUCGGUACUUGUUGACCGCAUAGGAAAGCCAUGACUUCAAAAUGUUUGCUCCAACUUUUCCAGGGGUCAAAAGCGAGUAAAUCGCAGGGCCGGAUUGUUUUUGUUUAUCGUCCUGUGUCGAAUUCGCUGUGCAGGUGCGAAUGACACUUUUCACUUGAGACUUGUAUUGCUGUGCUAUUUUAACAUUACGAUAACCUCCAUCUACGUCAAUCAUGUAGUCGUAAAAUUCAGUAAUUAAGUUGUCAGUGAUAGUGUCAAAGCAACCUUGCUGACUUUCGUUUCCCUUUUCAAGAUCUGGUUCACCAUCACUUGCUUCCCACUCUUCAUCCAAGGCAUCAUCGUUGUCGCUUUCGUCACUCAUUAAUAUGCUUUCGACUUCAUCACCUUCGCUCUCUUCACAGUGCUGAAACCUUCGUCUCAAGUCUUCUGAAGAAUCUUCUUCAUUCUUAAAACGAUAACCUUUAGUUUCUUGAGCAAUUAUAAACUCUUGAACUUUUUUCUUCCACCGAGGUGACUCAAGUUUAUUAUCUAGAAAUGACUUUCCAGCUACAAUUUCCUCCUUUCCGAUAACCUCGACCAUUUCUAUCAUCAAAUUUUCAUAAUCAAGAGAAUGAAUAGAAUCUUGAGAUUGGUAAGAUUCACUCGACUCAGAAUCACUUCCCGGAAUGUAGUCGCUACCAGAUUCACUGUCUGAUAAGAUGACAAUGUCGUUCCGUUGUUCACUUGCAUUUUCCCACGCUCGACGUGCAAGAUCGUCAUAUUCUUGAUCACUGUCCUUACUAAUUGUACCGGCACCUUUAUCAACUCGUUCACUGGUCUCACCAUCAUUUUCGCUUUGACAAUCCUCUAGGUAAACGUCAUUGCAGUUAUCCUCACUUGGCCCAGCAGUUACUUCUAAUGGCUUUUGGCUCUCAUCUUGUAGUUCUUUAUCAUCUUCGCUUCCAUCAUUAUUUACUUUAGCUCUACUUGCUUUCACACGUUUUCGGCAAUCCUCUUCACCCGAUCUCCUAUACUCUCCGCUGUCAUAAUUACUUUCAUGCCUUUCAUCGUCACUACUCCUCUCUGCUCUCCUCUUGCCCUUCCUCAACUUUCCUCCUUUUUUUUGCUUCUUUAAGUGAUCGUCUAUGAAGUCUAGAGAGACUCGUGGAGCUUCCUUCAAGGCUUCUCUGUAGCUGGGUGUAUCAGGCUUAAGACCAUGUAAAGGCGUUUGUAAAUGUUUAUUGAGCUGGAAAAUGGGCGUUUUUUUGCCUUUGCACGGUGAUAACGGGCAGAAUUUUACCAUCCCCUUGGGCUUCUUCUUCUCCCCUGAUAAGUAGUCAUGUAAUUUGCGUUUAAGUUUCUUCAUCCCAUGGACGUCUUUUUGAUGUCUACUGAGAUUAAUUACACUCUUACCACAUUUAGAACAUUUUUUUGGAUUUCGUUUCUGUUUUUGGUCUUUACUCGUCUCCGGUAACGUGCUUCCACCGUCCUCCAAGGCAUUGCCGUCUUCCGCAACGUCAGUCAUUCUUAAAAUGAAAAAUUACCAUUACAGAAAUUCACAACUGUAAAUAAAGGAAAUACCGAAUACAGUUGUUAUAAGGGUUUUGUUAAAAUUGAACUAAGCUUUGGUACAAGCUAUUGUUUGCUAUUUGAAAAUCGACCAUGACAGGACGCACAGGUCGUCGACUGCUAGUACCGCAAGUAAGGAUGAGGUCUGAUACAUUGAAAAUAUACCACAAAAUGACGGUAGAAAAACAAUAGCUUCAGGUGUCCUGAACGUGACAUAAUUUGUUUCCAUUUUUUUUGUUUAAAAGAAGAGGCAAUCAGGUAAAUAGAAGAAAACGCAGACUGAAUGUGAUCCGCAAAAGUCAGUUGAAUGUUCUUUGUGGUUAUAUGCCGGCAGUCAGGAAGAGUCUUAAAAAAGUAAACGUCCGGCAGUCAGAAAAUUCAAAUUUAAUCGUUUGAAAAUAAUCUACCUUCAAUUAGAAUAACCAAGCGAUCGGGAAACUAAACUGUCUUCAGCUGUCUCCGCAUCUGAGCGGUUUUGGUUUCCUGGGCAUAGAGUAGAGAGAGUAGAGAGAGUAGCAGCGCGUUACUCUCAGGCACCGGCUAAGUACACGGCAAUCUUCAAAAGAUUGGAAAAAAUAAUUUCGUAAACUUUCUGAAUGCCGAGCACUCAUUUAUUUAUUUAUUUAUUUUUUUAACCCCCUUACCGACUGCCGGGCAUACAGCUACAGCAUUAAAAGAUUUCAAACGGGACUCUUCAGCAAAAGCCCCCGUGCUCCCGUGCAAAGACUCAGUUAUUUGACUAGCCUGCGUUGCAGCUGGCCCACGCACUUGUCUAAACCAUUUGUAUAAUCCGUCUGCGAAUAAGUGUACAAAAAAUUGUUCUAACAUCCUGCAGAGUCGCAAGAACAUAUGUGAGCGUUUUUGAUAGGCGGGCUUCUUACUGGUUUCUUAUGCGCCUCACGAUUGGCCUAAUUCUUCAGUGUGUGUGACGGUUGAGCGCAGUGAAAUGUCAAGAUUCACAGAAGGGAGUUGGCUAGGAUCGUUUACAGCAAACAAUGAAAGAGCAAUUGGAACUUUAAAGCCUUCUUCUGGACAAAAAAAAAAUGCUUUGAGAGAAUUCCUUCGAGGCCAGAAUUUGCUUGUAAAUUGCCCGGACUGGUUUUCCAGCUUCUUCCUUUUUCGUUAUGAAAUUCCUUGUAUGAAUUUGUUUUAGGCCAUAGCAUGAAUAUUUUUUAGGAUUAAUUGGCGUGCAUGAAUUUUUUUUUUUCAUUAAUUUUCCCUUGCGCAAUUUUUUCUUUUGUACUUCGCCUGCUCCCCCCCAUAACUUUUCUAAUGAUCUGUCCCUUAGAGCGUCUGCGACGAAGGCAAUUAUUUGACCAAACAUUCAAAGUAUGUGUAAUUAAAUGGUGACAAGUGAUACCGUAGAAUUCCGAUAAUAACGGCCCCCGUUAUUUUCGGAUUUAGCAGGCCAAGGGGGCCGUUACUUUCUGGUAGCCGUUACUUUCGGAUGGUUACAAAACGUUUGUAAUUCAGCAGGGGUUUUACACAAAGAGGACGCAUAACAGACAUAAAAAAAGUAAUUCAGGUUGCAUGCUGGUUACGGUAUUCAUUAUCCAUGUAAACAAAAUAAUAAAACUGUAACAAAAAAGGCCCCGAAAUGUUCGUAUACUAUACGUCGAAAAAAUUGUUCGUAUUAUAUGACAACUGUGAUGACACAUACUGCUUUUAUCUGUUUUUACGCGUAUUAGUUACUAUGUUACCCGUAUCCUAUGUUUAUGAAAAUGCAGUACACCACUAAAAUAGGAAAACAUUGUGUGGCAUUUGUUGUAAAUUAAAUAGGAAAAUAUGAUUCAACCCACUACCUACUUGCAUUUGUCACCACAUACCGCACCUCUUGAAAUGUUACAUUAACGGUUCAAAAAUUAUAUAUAUAUUUUUGAGAGGUCAUUUUUCAGCGGCUGCUAUUAUCAGGGAGGGGGGGGACGUUACUCUCGGGGUUUCAUAGCAAGGUAAAAAAUUAACGUUACUUUCGGGUAGCCGUUAUUUUCGGGGACCCGUUAUUAUCGGAAUUCUACGGUAUCAGGUGAUAAUUUAACGCGCUUUUAUGUCCAAAUCCUUAUCAAGCCAAAAUUAAGAAGUAAUUCAUCAGCUAUACUGUGACAUCGAGUAAAUUCAUGAUGAAAAAAUAUAUUUUUCAUAGGUGAGAUUGCCAGAGACGAGAAAAUCGUCAGAAUAGAAAAAUUUGGUAAGCUGUUUGAAUAGGUGUAAUGCGUAUUUGGUUAUUGCGAAAAAAGCAAUCAGAAUAUAUUUGAUAUAAAGGAGAAAUACUUUAUGCCGUACAAAAUUCGAAAACAGAAAUGUAGGCGCCCUACAUGACAGUAAAUUGCAAAAUUCCAGUUCGCAGUUUGUAUACUGUUAACUCUUAUAGACCCAAUGAAUCCGUGAACGUUUGCUAGGAACGGACGAUUGAUUUAUUAACUAACAAAAUGAUUCAAUUUUUCCGUUGAAUGUUCCAUUUGUAGCUGCUUUUCAUGAGUUAAACAGACGCACAUUCUAUACAAAUGGCUUUUAAGUGGUCAUUUCAAUUGAAUCAAGUUGGCUGGCAUCAAAUAUUUUUUGCUCGAAACUGUUGUAAAGCUUUAAAGCUUAUAUCUGAACAUUGACAAGGUGAGUACCAAUUAAAAAAAAAAACAAUAACAACAUGCCGUAUAACUGAUUAAGCGUUCCAUGGGAGGCCUACACCACAGUCUAUAUAACUAACUCAGACAUUCAAAAAUAAAAUCAUCGUCAGCCAUGAAAUCUUUUACGGAAGCUUUAAAGAGACAUCUUAGUUUGACUUGAAAAUCAGUGUUUGUUUUGAUGAAAAUCGUAGUUUAUUUCCAGACAUGUGAAUUUGUUUUCGAAAACCGGAGUUUGUUUUUGUAAAUUGGAGUUUGUUUUCAACAAUCGGAGUUUGAAACUGAUCGGAGUUUGUUUUCGAAAAUCGGAGUUUUGUUUUGGAAAAUCGGAGUGUGAAAAUCGGAAUUUGUUUUCAAAAAUCGGAGUUUGUUUUCACAAAUCGGAGUUUGAAAUUCGGAUUCUGUUUUUGAAAAUCGAAGUUUGCUUUCCAAAGAAAACUCCGAUUUUUAAACUCCGAUUAUUGAAAACAAACUUCGAUUUUCAAACUCCGAUUUUUGAAAACAAACUCCGAUUUUCAAACUCCAGUGUUCGAAAACAAACUCAGAUUUUCAAGUUCCGAUUUUCGAAAACAAACUCCGAUUUUCAAGAAAAAAAACACCAAUUUUCAAGUGAAACUCAUGUAUGUCUUUAAAGCUUCCGUAGAAUAAAACAAGAUGUGUGUGAAUUAUCUACUCAUUGAUGAAUUAAAUCGGAUUGUACGGUAAAAUAAACAUUUUUUUUAUCCUCACCUGCUCAGUUCUCCAACUACUUUCGCAUCACUGUAGUGCACAAUCGUACACGUGGGGAGCCAUACACAGGGCAGCCAUGUUAAAGACUACUACGCAUGGUUUUAAAGGAAAGAUCGCUAGCCAAACAAACCGAUGAAAGGUUUGGACUUUGGGGCUGGGUGGGUGGGGUUCGUCUGACCAGGUGACUGGUUGUUUCUUAUCAGACUCUAGCCAAUAUUUCAGAGAAUGUAAUGUAAUAUAAUAAAUUAGCAACUGAGUUUGCCAUCUGUUGGCGUAGCUUUUUUAAAAGUUGAUAGCUUCUAAAGAAGCCGUUAUUUUUUCCCCUUUAAGAAUCAACUUAGUUUCAGACAAUUAUUUAUUCCUCGUUAAGUUCUGCUAUAACUAUAUAAUAUUUUACACGGGUUGCAUAUUUAAAACAGCUCUCAAAACAUGAAAAUUUCAUCAAGCGUUGUUUCCACACAAACCAAGAGAAAUCUCUAUGCUGAACCAUGUUUUGUCCCUACGUAAGCCUCGAACUAUCUACGUACUUUAAAAUUAUAGUUUGCAACGGUAGCUAUUAAUAUGAAGUCGCAUAGCAGUACUGAAGUACCUCUUAUUUGCUGCAAAGUCCUUUGUUUUGAAGCUAAAACCAACCGUACGUAUUUGCUACCGUAGCAAAUACUCACUUAUGUAGCAAAUACCUACCAGUAAGUAUUUGCUACCGUAGCAAAUACCUACCCGGAGUAGCAAAUACCCACCCUCCGUAUUUGCUACGGUAGCAAAUACUCACUAAGGUAGCAAAUACCUACCAGUGAGUAUUUGCUACCGUAGCAAAUACCCAUCCAUCGUAGCAAAUACCCACUUGAAUCUGCCUCUCUCUCUCUCUCUCUCUCUCUCUCUCUCUCUGUUUUUGUUUUGUUUUUUACAGAAACCUUCUUUUCAACGAGGACGGUAAACUGAAACAGCUAGGCGAAACGCUGUAUAUGCCCAAGUUUGCUAAAACGUUAGAGCGAAUAAGCGACGACCCUGAGGGUUUCUAUUCUGGGGAGCUAGCGAAAGAUGUUGUAAAAGAUAUACAAGAGAAGGGUGGUAUUAUCACCCUUGACGAUCUGAAGAAUUACAGAGUCAAAUUCCGUCAACCGAUGAAUGGAAGUUUGGGCAACUACUCAUGGUAUUCUACUCCUCCCCCGGGGAGUGGAGUCGUUCUAAGCUUUAUCCUCAAUAUAUUGAAAGGUAAGGGACCAGUCAUUAUUUAUCGCCUGGAGGGAGAGGGGGGUGGAGGAUUUUAGGGGGGAACACUCGGUUUUUAGGAGAACAAAAGGGGCGAUCAGUCGUAACUGAGAACCCAAAAGGGGGGAUCGCUGAAAACGUUGGAAGGAUUCAGAGGGGAGACCACUCAAAUUUGCUUUGAAAAUGAAGACUUGUCGGGAGGAUCGCGAAAGUCAUCAAAAGUUGUUAGGGGGGAUCACCUCAGUGAAGCAACAUUCAAAGGUCAAAGGGGGGAUCGGCCUAGUUUAGCCCCAAAUCCUCCGCUCCCCUUCCCUCCCAGGCGAUAAAUAAUGACCGAUCCCUAAACGCGCAAUAUCUAUGACAUACCUAACACGCCUUUUCAUAAACGUACGACGAGUGUUGCAAAUAUUUGUUUAUUGCGUGCACAAAAUAAUGGCCAGCUGGCGUGGCGGGCUGGGAAGGCAGAACUAGUCGGGCAUGCGCCAAACUAGAAUUGCUUUCCCGCCACUGAAUCUCUUCUUCACCUUCUACUUUUGACCACCUGCAUCGCAGACUAGGCAAUAGUGUUGAAUCAAGAAGAAAAUGCUAGCAAGAAACACUCGCAACCAAUCCUAACCUCACAAAUGCGUACAACUUUCCCGUGUUAAGUGGGAAUUGCGCGCUUAAGACCAUCCAUCUAAAGAUAGAAGUCCUAUUUUUUUUCUAGGAUUCAACAUGAAGCCUUCUGAUCGACAGGGAACUCAGAAUUCAGUACGCACAUACCAUAGGAUUGUCGAAGCAUUUAAGUUUGCUUACGCUUACAGAGCCUUACUUGGAGACCAGGACUUCGCAAACGUGACCGAGGUAAAUCGAACUUUCUCUUCUAAGAAGGACAAACAAAAUCCGAAGCAACACCACUGACGGCUGCCGGCGGUCUUGCUUCCCGAGAUCCCACGCGAGCGGCGUAACAGCUGAGAAGGCCGAGAUAACCACACUAGCGUAUACCGAUAGGUUACGGGCUGUGGGACCAGGGGUUUUUUAGUUCCUAGAAAAUAAAUACCGUAAACGUCCUCUUUUAAGCACUAGGCCUAUACAACUUCAAGUUCAACUUUCUUCUAGUUAUACAAGUAGAUGGGCUAUAACUUGGAGCGAGGGGGUGCUUAUAAGCGUAUUUUUACGGUAGUUGACGUCCCAGAGUUAUUGAGAAUGGUAUUAAGGACCCGUUUCUAGCUAAACGAUGAUCUUGUACCCUUUUAACGUUGACGAAGUCGUUCGCGUGGCUUGUCGGGACAGACAAGCCGCACGCGAACAACUUCGUAAACGCUAAAAGCUAUGCAAGAGAGAGACCUCUGCUCGCAUGGUAAUGAUCUUUCUACAGGGUGGUCAAAAAAUAUAUGACUUUAUUUUGCUACCAUCGUUUAAUAGGCCAUUUCCAAGUUGCCACAAGCCGAAAUGAGGAGCCAUUGUUAUGAAAAUUGUUUUUUAUUCUCAUGCAAAUAAAACUAAUUUUCACAACAAACGUUUUGCACUUAGCCUCGUGUUGAAAGUGAGAGUUUUUGGAACUCGGAAAUGGCCUAUUAAAAGGGGUUGAUUCAUACAUUUACUCGUGCCAUUUUUUUUAGAUUAUCAAGAACAUGACUAACGAAGAUUUUGCCGAAUCUGUACGCCAGAGGAUUUGGGAUAAUCGGACAUUUACAGAUUAUCGCUACUACGGAGACUUUUAUCAUGACGCCAGCCAGGAAGGAACUUCACAUCUGUCCGUGAUUGCGGAAAAUGGUGACGCUGUUUCUGCGACCACGACGAUAAACCUCUUGUAAGUAUAAUUAUUUCCUCUUUACUUGAUUCGUACAUUAACAAAUAAUAUUUAUUGGAAAUGCCAUAAAAUAGAAUUUUCCAAUUUUAUUUUGAAAAGAUGCUGAGAAAAAAAUUGUUCCAUAGUACUGUAAAAGAGGAUUUUUUCCACAAAAGUCAGAAACACCUACGGCGAGAUUCCUUCAUUCACCGACUCUGGGAUUGGAAGGUUUCAAAGAUAUGAGCAAUAUUAGCUUACGAGAGUUUUGGAUAGAUUAAAAAAAAGGUAUUCACAAAGACUUUCUCUCUCCUCCACAGAAGCUCCCGCUGGGUAUCCCAAUCAAAAUAGCAAUAAUCGAAAAAUAGCAAGGGCGCGGGGUCGAUGGGAUCGUUCCCGGCGCGCUUUCUUUUUUCCUUUUCCUCAGUCUCCCUACGACACAGACACCUCCACAGAGGAGAGGAGACAGACAAAUCCUUAAGAAAAGUCCUCACUAAUUAAGACAAGGAUGGAUUGUAGUUGUCAACGAGGCGCUCGUAACAACGAUGAUUUUAGCCUUAAAAAGUUCAGCCAACAUUUCACAACACCACCACUGGUUUCCCCGCGAAAUGACGUCUGAGAAAUGAGCGCAAAAAUUUAAUACUGGUGACGUGUCACUGCCCUGAUCUGGGUAGUGCUUAUGAUUGGUCAUUCUGCGUCGGGAAUUAGCUUCAUCCAAACAGAAGCACUCCUUAGAUCUAAGUUGUGCUCGUCAUCAUCAGCAUGGAAUUUUUGCGCUCGUUUCUCAAAACGUCAUGUCAUGGGGGGACAAAUUAAGUGGUGGCGUCGCGAAGUGUCGGCUGUUUUUUCAGAUUACGAUGAUUUAUGCCUUCUUUUUUCAGUUUUGGUGCAAAAUAUCGUUCUACUCGUACCGGAAUAAUCUACAACAACGAAAUGGAUGACUUUUCAACUCCUGGUACCAAAAAUCACUACGGUGUGGAACCAUCUGAAUCUAAUAUGAUAGAGCCUGGCAAACGGCCUAUGUCUUCCACUGCUCCGUCAAUAUUUUUGGAUAAGAACGGCCAUGCCCGUUUAGUUAUCGGAGCGUCUGGAGGGACCAAAAUCACUACUGCGAUUUCUCUGGUAAGGAGAGCUGAGUUCAAUACAUCAUAACUUCUAAGCAAAACCAACCAUCUGUAAAGGGACCCUUUGUGUUCUGUUGUCAAAACCGAGUCAAAGAAGCCUUCUACUAGUCAGAUGGUUCGUAUUUGCAUUAUUGGUAACAACGAAGAUGUAGCUGAGGAACAUGUAGCGAAGUCUUUUCAAACGCAAAUACUUCUUGUCUGAUAUUAGAACCUAAAGAUACACCGGUUCCACUAGCCGUAAGUACGGGUAGACUACCCCUUUGUUGAGGAGAAACGACUAGGCUAUGGCUAAAUAUUAUUCAUUUCAUACAUGCGCAUGACAUGUUCCGCUACUCAUACCUGUUGGCAGAGACGCGUAUCUUGACAGUGGACGGUAUCUUAAGGUCCGUAAUUAACAAUUAAUGAAUAAGGCUGAGUAUCUUGUGAAGAAUUAUGGAGAUCGAGGAGGGUGUUAUUCGUCGAAGCCGUAGGCCGAGGCGGAUAACACCCUCCGAGAUCUCCAUAAUUCUUCAUAUGAUCCUGACGAAAGCCGAAUUCAAUAACUGUUUUAUUAUUCAUUCAAAACAAUUCCUAGUUUAAAAACAUAGCUAAAACAUGCUUACCUCCUUACAAACGAACUGAUUCAUGUUUCACGUACAAUGAAUUAGAGGUGAGACCAAUUUAAAAAUUGCCGGAUCCCCUCGUCUCUAGUUUCCCUUUCGUACAAGUUUCUUACGGUAACCUGCGAAGAGGCGUUCUUUUUUCGGGGAUAGCACGAAAGUCGGCAGACGGGAAAAGGAAGAAAGACCGCCUGAUUGCAGGUUAGGUGAGCUGCGCGCAAGUACAGCGUUAAGCUGUGAAGACGCAAGCCUAAGAGAAAAGACUGUCCUUCUUCCCCACACGCGAUGUGACCAUUUUUAUGUCACGUUUGGUGUGCUUGAAGAGAAGGACCUUGUGCUUAAUAUUUGAACCCCGUCGAAUGAAAUUAUUAAAUUCGUACCCUUUUACCCUUCCCCUCCCAUCCACCCCAAAAUAGUAAUUCCUGCAGAAAAUCGUACCUCUAUCUCUCCCAUCCACAGCAGUUGAUUUAUCCAUCUUAGUUUUAUUUAAUGCUAAGGAAAUUCUAAACAUAACUCCGUGAAGAAAAAGGUACUUUCAUCUACCUUUCUAAAAGAGUCUUAUGAUUUAAUUAAAAGCAUGGUAAGCCCCUCACAGCUAGUCAUUUGCGCGGUACAAAACCGCCAUGCUGCCGAGCAGAAAUGCACUGGGACAAAACAACAAACAAAGGAAAGUUCAGCUGACGGAUCUAUUAAACGAAAGUCCUUUUCAAGUUUACUGAAAAAUCGAUACGGUAGCCUAUGAUAGGCAGCGACUUUCAAUAUAAAUUUCUUUGAGGAAACCCAUUUGAACAAAGUGCGCAAGGUAAAAUUAAAAAGUUGGGAAGGCAAAAAUUAAGACGCCAGUGAUCGACAAGACUGAAGAUUUAGUCCACAACAGAAGCAUUUAAUACCUGGUCUUUCCAUCACAAAAUUCACAACUUAAUUUGAAAGAUUAAGUUGAAUUUAAUUUAAAAUUCAGGAGUCAAAAAUGUACCCUUUGCCUCUCCAUUCUCGACACUCUAGUAUCAACAAACAGUCCCUAAUAAGAAUAAAGGCGCGGCUUCCCAUCUUCUACAGAGAACACAAAGGGGUACUGAACUUUUCAGAAAGGUCGAAGUAACCUGUUGUUGUUUCUUUCUCUUCUAGGUCAUGAUGAACUACUUGUGGUUUAACCGAACCUUGCCACAGGCUGUAGUUGAACCCAGGCUUCACCAUCAGCUGCUACCAAUGUACAUUCGCAUCGAUAAAGACUUUCAGAUGCCCCUUGCCAUUCAACAAGGCCUGCAUGAUCUUGGGCACGAGCUUAAGAACAUAAGUGGAUUUGCUGUAGUUCAAGCUGUUGCUAGAAAUGAGGAUGGUACUCUGACGGGCAAAUCCGAUCCACGGAAAUAUGGCUGGUCAGCGGGCUACUAAGGAACCCUAAUUUUUGCUUUUGGUUGCUAGUUUCUCUCUUUUCGUUUUUAUAUUCAUUUUCAUUUUCCAAGUUUUUCAAGUAAGGGAAGGCAAAAGGCAUGUACUUAGCUACGCACGUUUAUGAAUUUUAAAGCAAAUCAGUGUAUCACACAUAGUAGUAGCGUAUUCAAUGGUCCAGUUUCGAGUUUUAUUUUUACGAUAACCGGGCGAUUACUCGCGUGCUUAUUGGUCGAGAGCUUCAAUUUGUAAUGGUAACAGGACUGAGUGGAGUCCAAUUCGGUCUGUAAUCAUACGGAGCGAUUAACAAAAUCGGACGACCGCGUAGCGGGAGUCCGAUUUGUUUAAUCACGAGUAUGAUUACAGACCGAAUUGGACGACACGAAGUUCUGUUACCAAUUAAUCAUGACUUACACAAAAUUUGUGACAUAAUAGGCUAUUUUUCAAAUCAAAACACAAGAAAUUCGAAAUUUUGUUUUACUGGCAGUGUGAAAAAAAAGCCAUUUAAGCUCGCGCGUGAUGGCGCGUACUGUCCAAUUACUUAGGCAUGACGCGUACUGUCCUAUUAAACUGUCCAAUUAAGGCUGAAAUCAGGGCAGUUGAUAGCCAAUCAGAUUUGGCAAUAUUGUUAUGGUUAUGAUUAUCGACCUAAUAGCACGAACCACGGGAUGAAUUGAUGGUAGCGCAAUUUGUUUUUCACUUUCUUGCGCGCGCGAUUUUCCGAGAAACUUCAACGGAAAUGGACGUCAAAAACUGCCAAUGUAAAUUGUAAAUGCUUUUUAACUAACGAGUAAGAAGAGCGAAUUAUUACAACCUCUUAGAAGAACAGUGCUACUGAUGCUACUGCCCAAUAAAGCUUGACAUAACCAUAAGUGUAUAUCAUGUGACGGUUAGUUAAUAGGAAAUCAUUUUUGUGAUAACUGAAAAAUCCUAUAAGUUUGAC